CGGAGCAGUAAACGCUUACGGAGACGUGACAACAUUAAAGUCUCAAUCUGUAUUGAUUCUCUUUGUCAGAAAAAUACGUCCUUGGAGUAUAUUUGUGGUUUAGAAUCAAACAGUAAAAUAUUUACAGUUAGUCUUAACGGCUUUUUACAUUUAAAGAAAGGACAGUAUACGUCAGUGUAUGUAGAUAAUUCUUCAGGGAUGAUGGUCAAAUUACAGCUUGGGUCAGAUUUCUCAGGAAUAUUGUUUGGU